AUGUCAGACUCACAAAUUUUGAACCUUUACAGAUUCGCAUGUAUCGGAUUCUCUGCUGUAUUGACCUUAUUGUUUUUGACCCAAGCGAUCUUUAAUAUCCUACCUUUGGACAUUUUUGUUGGAAGUUUGAUUGGAUUAGGGUUAUCUAUCUUACUCGGUGUGCUUGAAUUCAGGGAAUUGCCGUUACUCGAUAAGUAUGCCUCUUUCUACUACACUUAUGCAGGCAGGGGAGCCUUAUUCACUUUAUUAUACGCACUUUUGAAAUAUGAUGGUGUCUUCAGUAUCAUUGUGGGUGUCCUUUUGUGGCCAAUGGCAUUGGUGCAUCUGUUUUUGCAUCUAAAUCCAGAUGUUGGCGAGCCUACUUACUUCAAGACAACUAACAUUGCAUUGUCUGCUAAUGACGAUGAACAAGAUAUCGUCUAA